AAACUAAGAAUGGUUAUCGUAACUGUAUUCAAUUUUUUAUAUUUACCAAACCAAUUUAAUUGAUAACAUUUUUAAAUUUUAUAUUUUUCUCCAUCUUUAUACUGGUAAAAGCUAUACUACAAUGUUUGGACAUAAAUUAAGUUUUUAUGGAUUUCUAACAAUUACCGUUUUAUGUGCUAUUGUAACUAAGUCAGCGUCUACUGAAAUACCCAAAAGUAGGGUUAGAAGAAGGGUGGUCUUUACGAAAAGCAGUAAAUAUUUUUUUCGUUUUAAUGGAAAAUUGAACACCCUAUCCUACAAUCAAGUGGUUGCCUUCGGUUACACAGUGAGAGUAAAUUAUGAUUUACCCCAUGACGUAAAAAGUAGGUUUCAAUUUUUUAAAAGGGAUAUUCAUGAAGAUCUUACAAAUAUACCAGAUCAGUUUGCUGUUCAGGGAUUUUCAUGUGUAAUGAAACAUAUUUGCCAAACAUUUUCAAAUUUUGAAUUUACAGAAACUUGUGGGUUUUUCUGCGAUCUAGGAAAAAUUAUACUGAGAGAAAAUGGGACUGAAGCUACAUUUAUUAAGAACUUUUUCAGUAAAUGUUCUCAUUAUGAAGAAUUAUGUCAACAUUACGAACCAGCUACUACGACAAUAGGAUAUGACUAGGAUAUAUUUAUUAUGUUUGGUUUGAAAAAUAAAAUAUUAUAUAUUUUUUA